CACCUUCACUCUGCAUAGCAUCACGGGAAUUCUUUCCUUCUGCUUUCACAAUGGCCGCCGCAGUUGUCACUGGAAUAAUCCUAGGACUGGCUGCAAUGUUGUUCAAUUUCUCCGUCCAUAAAAUAGAUGAAGGUCAUGUUGGAGUUUAUUAUCGAGGUGGUGCAUUGCUAUCAUCAACCAGUGGACCAGGAUAUCACAUUAUGAUUCCAUUCUUAACAAUGUUCCGCUCAGUGCAGACUACUCUGCAGACUGAUGAAGUAAAAAAUGUCCCAUGUGGAACAAGUGGAGGAGUUGUCAUCUAUUUUGAUCGUAUUGAAGUUGUUAAUAUUCUUGAAUCUUCAUCAGUAUUUGAUAUUGUCAGAAAUUACACAGCAGAUUAUGAUAAAGCACUGAUAUUUAACAAGAUACAUCAUGAGUUGAACCAGUUUUGCAGUGCACACACCCUCCAAGAAGUUUACAUAGAUCUCUUUGAUCAAAUUGAUGAGAAUCUGCGUACUGCCCUACAGUUAGAUUUGUUAGCCAUGGCGCCUGGUUUAAGAGUUCAGGCUGUGAGAGUUACCAAGCCUAAGAUACCUGAGAGCAUAAGGCGUAACUAUGAAGCAAUGGAAGGGGAGAAGACCAAGCUGUUAAUUGCUCAACAAAAACAAAAAGUGGUUGAGAAAGAGGCAGAGACAGAGCGCAAGAAAGCUGUUAUUGAGGCUGAGAAGGCUGCUCAGGUAUCCAAGAUUCAGUUUGAUCAGAAAAUAAUGGAAAAAGAGAGCCUUAGGAAAAUGUCAGAGAUUGAGGAUGGUGCCCAUUUGGCUCGCAUGAAGGCAAGAGCUGAUGCUGAAUUCUACACUGCAGUUAAACUCGCAGAGGCCAACAAGCUAAAACUCACACCUGAAUACCUGGAGCAGAUCAAAUUCAAUUCCAUUGCAUCAAAUACAAAGAUAUUCUUUGGUCCCAGCAUCCCGAGCAUUUUCCUCGACAGUAAAAUACUUAGUCAGUCCUCUUCUUUAGAAUCUGCCGCCAAAGAUCAACAGAACACGGAAGACGAAAAAGAGUUGAAGGAAGGCUCUCUAUAAGGAAGACUUGACGAAGGAGUCGUAUAUGGCAAAAGAAUCACUGUAGAGCGUUGCAGUUAAUCUGUGUUGGUACUGUCGUAAAUGGAUGGACUUAUCUAAUAACGAGUAAUCGCUGGAGAACAUUGCACUUAUUCAGUGUUGGUGCUUUCGCGUGUAAACGGACCAGUUUUGUUUAGCUUUUACCGAACUCACUAUCGUCACAUAAAAUCUCAGCCACAAGCCGGAGAUUUGAAGAAGGAAGCAGCUUUUUUCAGGUUCAUGCAUAUCAAUUUGAAAUGCGAUUGUGAGGUAAAACCUUGAGGUUGUAAGAAAACCCCAUGCUACGAUCAUUAUAGAUUUAUCAGUCUGCAAGAUUUUAACCAAUUCUGGCGAGUUGCGAUCACUCCAGCAAGUUUUUCUUAACAACUAAUAAGUGCACAUUCUUAGGAUAAUUGUUCGCCAUCUAAAGUAGUUAGAAUACCAAUCAAAAAGAACUCAAUGGAGUAGAAUUUCCCCUACAUCUUUUACGACAAGUGUCGUUGUCAAGUCUAACUCAUCAACACUGCAAAUUUUCUCCCCUAUCAUAAGUUUUUGUUUUAUCAAGUAAAAAAAAUGUCACCUUAGCUUUCUAGUCUUAUUUUCCUAGAUUCUAAAAGUACCCAAUGCUGGAUAAAGAUCAAAGAUUUCUGCGGAAGUCACAAUCAAUAUGUUUUGGGCCACACUCAAAGUCAUUUUUGCCCGAGCCGCUAGGCAAGGGUUCGAAUUAGCUCUGAGAAGGGCCCAAAACAUAUUUAUGCCCAAGAACAGAACGGUAUUACUAUUAUUAUCAAUUUUGGGAGGCGUCGAGAAAAUAAAAACUGGAAAAAAAAAAUCACAACCAGUCACGGCUCUCACCAUAGUUCACAAAGGUACGUGAACAAUCACGCGAGUGUAUUUUAGACCGCAAAAAUCCCUAUUUUAGCUCGCAAAUGUGUCACAAUGCCCCAUAAUUAAGUGUAAUAAUUAUUUAGAAUUCUUCGUUUUACCCCUUCUGGACUUUUUGGUUUCUGUGUUAUUAAUGCUGUCUUUUGUGUGAAGAAAUUACAGGGUUAACCAGGCAAGUGCACCUCAUUUCUUAGGAACCUAAUUAACAUGAAAUUAAAUUAAAAUUAAAAUUUGAAAGAUUUGUGGAAA